AUGUCGCUAUCACCAGAAAAAGCCUCCUCCGACACCGUCCAAGUCGGGCAGGAAGGCGACUCGUCCACGAGCAACCUGGCGCCCUUCGAAGCAGACUGGACGGUGGAAGAGGAGCGGAGACUGGUCCGGCGGAUCGACUCGAUUGUGAUGCCGUUGUUGAUGCUUGCUUUCUUUGCGCUGCAGCUGGAUAGGGGGAAUAUAAAGGUUCAAAUGGCUGAUAGUUUAUUUUAUCUUCAGUGGAAACGCCCUGACGGAUUUCUUCCUCCGAGACGUGGGAAUCACGCAGGACCAGUACAACGUCGGGCAGCAGUUGCUGUCACUGGGAAUCGUCGUUCUGGAGAUCACAAAUCCGGUAAAUCUGAUGAACGAACGAUACAGGAGCUUAGUUGCGACAUUCCAAGCUUUCCAGAAAGGUCUCGGCGCGUUCUUGAGCACGAGGUUGCUCCUGGGAUCGAAGGACUGUUUGGCAUCCUCGUCGGAAUCAUCUUCAUCCUCUUCUUCCCCCAGAGCACCGCCAACCCAGUCAAUCUCCUCCGGACGCAGUACUUUACCGAACGAGAGACCCAGAUCCUCGUCCGUCGACUUCUUCUGGACGAUCCGAGCAAACACCACCGCCACAAGAACAUCACCCGGCAGGAGAUUCUCCGCACGGUAGGUUCAGUCGUAACGCACGAUUCUUCCCACCAGCUGACAAGGCGUUAUGCAGCUCGGAAACUGGCGUCUCUACCCGCACGUCAUCCUGACGAUCGCCGGCCUGGCACCGUCGUCGACAAUGUGGUCGUAUGCCCCGACGCUCAUCAACUCGUUUGGGUAUCCACGACUAAAGUCGAAUGCCCUCGUCUCGGUCGGGCAGUGGCUGCAGCUGGUACUGAAUGUGCUAUGGGGGAUGGCGGCCUGGCCAAUCGUCUCGCCAUUUAUUCGCACAAUCAUCAGGAACGAUACGCCCUUCUUACGCUUGCUAUUACGGUUUCUACGAUUUGGCGUACGUCAUCUCACAACAUACAACAUACAUACAUAUUGCAAUAUGCUUUGCUAAUCGAGAGGUUUCCUACAGACCCCGUCAACGGCUCCUGGAUGGCCCUCAACGCCCGCACCGCCGGCGAACGCUCCAUCACCCUGGCCAUCUUCAUCAUGGCCGCCAACUCCUCCGGCAUCGUGGGAAGCCAGCUCUUCCAGGCGAGCGAUGCGCCACUGUACCGGGUCGGGUGGACGACGAUCAUCGCGUUGGCGUCAGUGGCGUUGUUUUUCAGCGUGUUUGCCGUCGUGCAGUAUUGGGUUUUGAAUCGGUGGGGGGAGGGUCGUAGCGGGGAGAUUGACGGUGGGAGGAGGGAGCUGUAUCAUUUGUGA